AGUCUUUCCAUUACAAUUUGAUACCUCGUUCGGUUCUCGAUGACCAGCUUCCAGUUCAUUGACACGGUCCACCCGCUGUACGAAGGCGAACGACAACUGCGCUUUGACGUCCUGCUCAGCACAGUCGGGCUCGCAAAGUACAGCUUUGAGCACAUGGACGCAGCGAGCUACCACCUGGUCGCCGUCGAGCUCGUGGAGAGCAAGGAAACGGUUGUCGGAUGCGUCUUGUUCCACCCGGAACCGCUGCGUCGGCGAACCGGGCGACUGUUCCAAAUGGCUGUGGCCAAGCAUCGUCAGGGAACCGGACUCGGAAUGAAACUCGUGCAGGCAUUGGAAACACGCUUGGCCGAGGACGGAUUUUUCACACUGACGUUGCAUGCGCGUGCCCAUGCUGUGCCGUUCUACGAGCGAUGCGGCUAUUCCUGCGUCGGCGAGCCAUUCCACGAAGUCGGGCUUGAACAUCGGCACAUGCGUCGCGCGAUUCGCCCGCUCCGUGCGAUUGCCUUUGACUGUGGUGGUAUUCUUGCGGCAGACUGCAACUACACGAUGCUUUUUGAGCACGUCCACCAAGACAAGGUCCCCGCUGUGAAGGCAGCUAUCGAUGCAGAGUGGGACAAGUUCAAGCUUGACUCAACGUACCCGACGCAACUGUUCUGGGCGAAUGUCCUUCAGGCCGCCACGCUUGAUCCCAGCGACUGGGAACGUUUCGACAUCGCCUUGGUCAACUUCCAGACCGCAUUCUGGGGCACGUUCGCAAUCGUCGAGCGGUUGAGGAAACGCUACCCCGAAAUCAUUCUGGGCGUUGUGAGCAACUACAACCAGUCUUGGUUUGAGGCCAUUUUCGUCAAGUACGGCCUUGCAUCGCUCUUCCCCGACCGAUCGCUCGUUGUUGUGUCGUGCGACGUUGCGGCUGCCAAACCCGACCAUCGCAUUCUGGACGUGUUUCUUGCUCGCGUGAAUGCUGUCGCCGCGGGCUCGGCCGGCCCAAUCCCAAAGGACAGCGCCGUGUUGAUUGAUGACAAGAAGCGCAACACGGAUGCCGCCCACAAGCAUGGCAUGGUGGGUCUUCAGUACAACGCCGCCAAAGAGCCGUCUGGUGUGCUUGUGUCGCGUCUCCGAGAGCUUGGUCUUGAUGUUUCUGAAGAAGGCGUUGAUCCGCUGUAGACGUGUGGAGGAGUAAAGAUUUGAAAUUGAGAAUAAAUGGCAACAGUUGGCCGCUCA